CAGCCGCCCCUCCCCAAGGGCGAGAUGGGCACCGAGGCAUGGCCUCCCGCGCUGCACCCUGGGGACGUGAAGACCAGGGGGCAGACUGGGGGCAACCCUUUAUAGGCAGCAGAUGCUGUUCUCACCCACCCACCGCUCACUGUGCGCUGCAGGGACCGCGAGCCAGGCACACAGGCUGAGCGCCAGGGAGACAGAAGCGCAGCGACCCACCACCGGCUGCCGGCCACCCGCGCGCCUCCAGUCCGCUGCGCUCCUCAUUGGACCCCGGCGCCUGGCGUUCUUGCUGCCUCUGCUGCUCCUGCUCCCGCCGGAUUUUAAAGGUGCUUUGGGAAAAACCCAUUCCAGGAAUCGAAGAGGAAUCCUUGAAUUAGCUGGAGCCAUUACAUGCAGCACAGGACGCACUCCUUUUGCCUAUCUACGUUAUGGAUGCUAUUGUGGUCUGGGAGGGCAAGGCUGGCCUAGGGAUAAAGUAGACUGGUGCUGCUUUAAGCACGACUGCUGCUACAGUAAGGCAGAGCAAGCAGGCUGUAAGCCCAAGGUAGAGAGCUAUAACUGGGAAUGUGAAGACAAUGCUGCUGUGUGUGAUUCACUAGAAGACAAAUGCCAAAAAAUAAUGUGUGAAUGUGACCGCAAAGCUGCCAAGUGUUUGGCUAAAGCCCCUUAUUACCCAAGGUACAUUUUCUGGCCAGAUUUUGUAUGUGGUGACUAUCACCCAAAAUGUAAGUUUUAGUGAGACAGGAGGACACUACUCUAAUAUUUACAAAAAUCUGUACAUGCUUUUGAAUUUAAAAUAAAAUUUCUAUAAAAAAUGAUGAUUGAUUUUUUCCAGCAAUGUUUGUGCAUGCCUAGUUUUCAUAAUGCAUAAGCUAAAAGAAAAUUUAGUGAUUCUUAACGGGUGGGAAACUGUAGCAGCUUUCGUGGACUGAAUAUCAAGAACGAUUUUGUCAGAGAUGUCUAAUAGUCUGUGAACCUUUAUCACCACAAGCAGCAAUGGAACGUUAAGUAUGGGGAAAGCCUCUAAAACACCAGCUUUCACCAUGUUAUUCACUGCAAGCUACUCAUUUUCUUUCGUCAGUGUUGUUCUAUCACCCACGUAUGCAAAACAGCACAUAGGAAUGGAGUGAAAACCUCUACUUUUAAACUUCAUUAGAAUUCUGAAGCUAAAAUUUUAUUAUUAGAUGUAGCCAAGGAAAAGGCACACUCAAAGUGACACUGUCAGUUUAAGGAAGGGCUUUUAACCUUUGUUAUUAGCAACACUUUUGAUAACCAACAAUAGUUACUAUUCAUUAUAUCAUAAAAGUUUUGCAUUUCACUUGGCCUAGGCAACACAAUUAGACUGUUUAGCUUCACUGUCUUGU